CCCACCACCACCAAAACCCAACAAUGGCGCACGACACCCCCGCCCCCCCACCACCACCACCAACACCCAUCCUCAUCAUUGGCGCCGGCCCCGUCGGCCUCUUCCUCGCCCUCCUCCUCGCGCAGGCCAACCUUCCCGUCCUCCUCCUCGAAGCAUCCACAUCCCCCGACCCCGCCCCCAAAGCGAUGACGCACCUGCCGAGCAUCCUGCCGGACUUCCGCGCCGCGGGCGUGUACGACGCCCUCGUUGCUGCGGCGCGAGGGCUUGUGGAUCAGGGGAUUUGCUUUCGCGAUGCGCAGACGGGGGUGGUGCUGGCAGAGAUGCCGAGGCCGGGUAAAGGCGUUGGUGAGGGCCCCCUCACGGUCCCCCAGCCCACCUUCUGCAAUAUCCUGCGCCAGAAACUGCAGGAGUUUCCACACGUCACCCUCCGCGCCGGCGUCGCGGUCAAGAGCCUCACGCAGCAGCGCAACGGCGUCGAGGUCCUCGCUGAGGCCUUCUCCUCUUCCCCCUCUUCCUCAGACACCCUCACCUUCACAGCCCGCUACGUCGUCGCCGCCGACGGCGCGCACAGCGCUGUCCGCACUGCCGCGGGCAUACCCUUCGAGGGCGCGACGCUCCCGCGCAGACUUGUCGCGUGCGAUGUCAGGUACGACUUUACGGGCCGCGCGGGCUGGGUCGGAGGGAAUUUUCUGGCGGGGAGGGAGUGGGCGGGCUUGGUGGGCCCGAUUUUAGCUCCUGAGGCGGGGGCUGAGGGCGAGGGCGAGGAUGAGGGCGAUGGUGUGGGCGAGGGAAUAGGAGAGGGUGUGGGGAACGGGAAGGGGAAGAAGACUGUUGGGUUGUGGAGGGUGUCGUUCAGCGUCCCAGAAGAAGAAUGGCUCGAUACACCCGCCGCGCUGGACGCGCUCGUGCGCCAGCGCCUGGGAAAGAUGCUCCCCGAAGGCGGCCCCGAUCCCCUCGACGCCUGCACCAUCGAGCGCGUGGCGCCGUACCGCGCGCAGCAGCUGUGCGCCGCCACGUUCAGGAAGGCCAAUGUGCUGCUUGUGGGGGACGCCGCGCACUUGACAAACCCCUACGCCGGCCUCGGCCUCAACACCGGCCUGCUCGACGCUUCGUCCCUCGCCACCGUCCUCUCCGCGCACCUGCUCCGCGGCGCCCCACCCCAGCUGCUCGAUGCCUGGGCCCGGGCCCGCAGAGAUACGUUUGUGAAUGCUGUGGACCCGGUUUCUCGCGCUGCGUUUUGGAGCUUGCUCGAUCCGGAUGUGGCGACGCUGCGAGAACGGCAUCCGGUGCUGAGGGCUGUGGGUGGUGGGGCGGGUGGUGGUGUGGGGGGGAGGGAUGGUGCGGUGAAGGGGAAGCCAGCGAAAGGACCGAUGGCGCUGAGGACGGAUGUAAGGGCGCUGGAGGGGUGGGUUGACUAACUCUGUCCUUGAAUCUGUGGGGGCGUUCUUUUGGGCGGGGUGGUUGUGCAUGGGUGGUUGUAAAUGGGUGGUUGUAAAUCAUAAUAGUAAUAGUUGA